UCUCGUUCGGCCCGCCUCUUCUCCCGUCAAAAUUCGGGUGUUGUCGUCUGUAGGCGCACUGCCGAAGGAGGAAAAGGAAAGGGGACGGAAACUCGCACUGGUUAGCAUACAGCAAAAAAAGUCAGCGACAGUUAAAUAUUAACAUCGAACGUCAGCGAAAAGUGAAAACGGUGCGACUGAACAGCUCUAAAGUGGACCGUGUGUUUGAUGUCGAGUACGGCUGCUUGUUUGCUCCAUGUUAGUGUAGUUGUGACAUUGCCACCGAGGGACAGCUCUCCUUCCAGCGUGUGUUGACGGAUACAGCUUUGCCGUGCAAGGAGUGUACACUAAGUGUUGAUUGUCCAGGAUGUCUUCGAAGGCUCCCAGCUCCAAUAACAUCGCCCAUGCCAGGCGGACGGUGCAGCAGCUGAGAAUAGAGGCGAGCAUUGAGAGGAUAAAGGUAUCCAAGGCAUCUGUGGACCUUAUGAAUUACUGCAGCGAGCAGGCCAGAAACGAUCCUCUCCUUAUGGGCAUCCCUGCUUCAGACAAUCCCUUUAAGGACAAAAAACCCUGCGCUAUAUUGUAGUGGCCUUCCCUCGGCCUUAACGGGUUUUGCGUGUUAAUGUUGCCGUGUUCUGUUUGUCGGGAGCAGUGAGGGGUGGACUGUGAUCGUAUCGUUACCGCGCGCUUGUCUUUUCUGUUAACAAAUCACAUGAUUGUCUCCAAAAUUGAGUAAAGAACGUGUUCCAAGGCUCCAAGACCAGUCUCUAAUCACUGUGCCACUGCAUGAACUAACAUCCUGGAGUCACCGGAGGCCCUCGGUUUAGUGGUUUCUCUCCAUUUGGGUAGCGACUGUUAUCCAUCUCAAGUCAGUAAUUCACCUACAAUAUCCACUUUAGAUGGAUUCCUUCAGGGUUUUUGUUGCACACUUAAAAGUGUAGCGUCCACGACAAUCCACAUUCCAUGUAGUCAUCACCGAGGAAUCUCGUCUUCAGUCCACUUCGACCUAUACAGUAUGUAAGAUUCUUCUAGAGAAUUCACUGAAAUUCCUUGGAACAAACCAAUAAAGCAGCCUUGAAGACCACCUACGGUUCCACCAUUUGGUACGCUUCAGCUUCAACCAAGCAUCUUUGGUAGCAUGGUGCCAAAAAGUCGUACGGGGGGCUAUUUUUGGUACCCUCCGACAUAUAAAGAGCUGAAGUGUGCUUUUUGGUGGAAAAAAACCCAGCCUUAACUACGCUUGCCUUGUAUUAUGAAGAACACUUACUGGGAGAACUAUGUUAUGUUUCUACGGAAUAUUUUUAUCGGCUGGAUAAAAGUGGUUUUUAACAAUAUUGUGCCAUCUUUGUGUGUGUAUGUGUGUGUGUGUGUGUCGUAAAACCUCUUAAAUCGUGUUGCCCGGUGCUCCUCUUUUCUGCAGUCGCGGUUUUGUCGCCACCCCUACACAGGAUACCUUCAAAUCAGCUAAGUGUUAACAGUUUUUGGGGUUUUUUUGAACUCAUUGUCUGGAAUAGUCAACCACUCCCAAUUAUUUGCAAUAAUUCCUGUCAGCCGCUAAAGAAAAGUUGAGGUUUCCCACUGCCAUGUCAUCCAUUGUGUAACCGUACCACAACGUCUUUAUUAUGAAUUGACCAACCUUUGUAUGAAGAUGAUGAUGGUGAUGAAGCAUUCCUGCAGUACAGCGUUGUACUAAUAUCUAAUAUAAUAAAUAAUAAAGAUGUGGUGUGUCAGAGGAUACCUGCUUCGUGCUUGACUGGAGCCUAGCAUUGCAACUUGUGUUCUGGUCACUAGAUGUCAGUAAUGUUUACAUUGGUUACCUUCCGACUGUUCUCCUCCCAUUCGGUGUGGAAGUGGCACGUUUUGGCUUCUUGGAAACCCUUUCAGCCACCUUCAUUUGUUGCUUGUUUAUCAGCAAUGACACAAAAUAGCCGUAAUUCCCAGUCCAAGUCUACCCUUCAGACCUAAAUAAAACUAUAAAAACCCUCUUGGUCGUAUCUGACUCAGGAGUGGAAAAAAAGGUGGGCUUUCACGCUGGCUGCUUGAAACCACAGAGCAGACAUUUCAAUCUAGAAAGGCCGCUUUUAGCUCUGGGAGAGUCACGUUACUAUUUUGGGAAAACGCCUGCUUUGUUUUCCUUCUCUCUUGGUGGCCUCUUGGGUCUUUCUCACUCUUCACUUUCUGUCCAGCUGGAGGAGAUGAUGCACUUUCCAGUGGGAAGACAACACGGGCAUAGAAAUGACGUAAGCGAGAGUCAUACUUAGACGUUGGCCGGACUUUUUCAACAUGCUGUUCAGGUUGUCCUCAUCAAUGUGUCUCCGGAUAAAAUAAAAAUAGGAAUGGAACCUUUUG